AUGCGGUUUGAAGCAUUUUGUUUUGAAAGAAACCGGAAGUGUGUGGUGUUUCAUUUCGAAAUUGAUGGUAGUGUUGUGGAGGAUCAGAGGAAGAAUUCAGUGAAGCAGACGCGCUGUGGAGGCUAGUGUGCUCCCUUAACGACAAAUUCAUGCCAUCGCCGUUAAUCCGGCGACCCGUUCAUUUCACUCUGGAUUGUGCAAAUUUAAUAAAUAUUUAGAUAACGGGUCCUGCCGAGCACGAGCCGGAAUAACUCCCUCUGCGUGACCUUGCAUUGAAUGUCAUUAUAAGGGGAUUUUUUUUAAAGCACCGACACGGUAAGGUAAUAAGCAUCUUCAUCCGCACGCAGUAGAAGACGAGAUAGAUAUUGAUAUUCUGUGUGUCUGUAGGUAACUGUUUAGCCAUUUUAAUUGAGAGAACAUAUUAAUCUUUUAUGGGCAAUUGUUAGUCUGUUUUGCAUAUUUAUGGCUGGAAAGCUUAGACGUUUUUAGUAAUAUCAUAUUGAUAGCCUAAGUGGAGUGUUCGUGCAGCCAGGCUGAAGGCCGUGCUGCAUGCCGCAGAAUGCAAAUUCGCCAUUCAAACUGUGAACAUCCCUGCUGCUGUAAAGAAAUUAGCCCAAUCCUUUCAGAAACAGAGCAUAUGGGGUCACGUCUUAUUUCAACAGAUGUAGUUUAUGGCUGGUACUCUGACCAGUUUCUGCCCGAGCAGUAUAGGAGGCAGAUGCUGCAGCAGCGCCUGAUCCGCUCUGGGCUGGAGGGAGAGGGAGUGAGGGAGGGAGAGGGAGGAGGGGGGACGCCAUCCAUCCUUACAGGAUCAUUAAAUCAUACUGAGGGUCUCACUGCGCUACUUAUCCCCCGCGCGAGACUGGUCCCUUUUUGACCCAUUUUAACGUAAAAGUGGGACACGAGGCAACCCCCCACAUUUUGAUGGCCACCAGGUUGGUGAUCCUGGUGGUCGUGCUAAUGCCAAAAAUCUGCUGACACAUGCGCUGUGCCGGCCGGUGCUCCCUGCCUUUGUGCGCAGUGAAGCCUAUAUCUCAUCUGUCAUGGCCUUAUUGGGCCACAGACUCCUAAAGAUUUUGAUUAACACUGUUACCUCCAGAACAGAGGUGUUUACUCUCUUAAUGAUGUGAGAAGCUGAAUGAUUAUCAUCUUCAAGGUGAUUUCUGAGUACCUGGAAGAUGACACCACAACCACUCAUACAACCUGGCUCUGAAUACCAAAUACUCUUGAAAUCUGAGUGUUUGGAGGUCUUAAUUCUUACAUUUUAAAUUUCAGGUCAUCUGCUGCAGCCAUGGAGAUUGUCACACAUUUAAUCAACGACACCAUAGAAUUCUACAAAUGGACCUUAACUAUUGCAGGUAAUAUGAUAUGCCUUUUUUUGCUCUGAAAACGGUUAUUAAACUCCCCUUUCCCCAAUGUUUGCAUUUGCAUUGAUAAUGUACACAUUUCCAGGAGAUUUUGCUUUUGUGAUUCAGUUAUAAAUGUAUCAGAAAUCUCCUUUUUAUGGUCAAACUGGUUCUUCUACAUUAAAUUAGUACUGGACUUCACCUACCACACCAAUGUCAAAGGUGAACACUGUAACCUUUAACCUUUUAAGGAUGUUAUGUUCUCAUCCGUAUCCAUUAUAUCUAAAAGAAAAUGCAUGCUUCAUUACACCAAGAUGUCUCCACCAUUUAACCUCCAGACAGCUCACCUCAGGAAAAAAUCCUGGCACCUGUUAGCAUCCAUUCGACCUGCACUCUUCUUAAAAUAAACUGCUCUGACUUUGGCAAACAUUAAGACUGCUUAUGUAAUGCUCUGAGAACAUCUGUCCCUUCUGCAGACAAGCGAGUGGAGAAAUGGCCCCUGAUGGACAACCCCCUGCCCACGUUGGCCAUCAGCACCUCCUACCUGCUGUUCCUCUGGCUGGGACCCAAAUACAUGAAGAACAGAGAGCCCUUUCAGCUCCGCAAAACACUUAUCGUCUACAACUUCAGCAUGGUCUUCCUCAACUUCUUCAUCUUUAAAGAGGUAGGUUACCACUACACACUACACUAAAAUAUACCUGUGUUUACCUGCAUGCACUAUAAAGGUGAAUGUGUGAGUCUUAUCCUUGCAAAAUCUCACCCUAUUACUGUUGAUUCAGCUUGUCUCUUCUUUCUUGUUUUUUAGCUGUUUAUGGCAGCGCGGGCAGCUAACUACAGCUACAUUUGUCAACCUGUGGACUACUCAGAUGAUCCGAAUGAAGUCAGGGUGAGUUUUGGGAGCAAAAGCAGCUUGAACACAUAACAUUGAGACAUACAUUUGGUAUUUAACACAAGUUAGACAUCACAAUAAUUUCAAAGAGGAGCGAUAUAUAACUGCCAACUGACCACAAAAUAACAUGUUUCUCAGAGAAGUUUAACAUGACAGCAGUGUAAUACUGUGCCCGUAAAAGUUAAAUAGCCCGCCAGACACACUUCACUCUCUAGGCCAAAGGAACACGAUCAGAUUUCAUUCAUCUGCAUCCUGCCUUUGUAAACAGAAAAAGUGCGAGCUGGAUAAGGCAUCGUGGAAGGUGUUCAGUUUCACCUUCUUUCCUCCUGCUCCAUGACAUAGUUACACGCCUGACACAGUCACUGUCUCAGGUGAACCUGAAGGAAAGCUGCCCUAGAAAUACUAGAAAAGAAUAGAUUUUUAUAAAGGAGUUUCACACUCAUGUAGGAAUUAGUUUGAUCAAUAAAAAUGACCACUUCUUGAUAUCACAAUUUAUAAGUCCAAAAGCUCUUCUUCUGUUCUUUCUCUUAUUUCGUCUCUCUUUUGUUUCUCUCCCCUUCCUCCCCCUGUACCUGUCUGCUCCUUCCUCCUCCUCUCUUGUUCUGUCUGACAUAGGUGGCAGGAGCUCUGUGGUGGUAUUUCGUCUCAAAGGGCAUUGAGUAUCUUGACACGGUGUUUUUCAUCCUGAGGAAAAAAUUCAACCAGGUUACUUUCCUGCAUGUCUACCACCACUGCACCAUGUUCACGCUCUGGUGGAUCGGCAUCAAAUGGGUGGCAGGAGGACAGUGUGAGUAUCUCAGAUUCAAAGAGAGUUUUGUUGGACCAGACAUGCCAGAUUUUACCAAUGAUGUAAAAUAUUGUUACACCUGCAAUCAAAAUAGAUUCAAAUGCUAAUUUUGCACAUUCUAGCUGAUUUAGUGCAAGACAAGCAACGUGCACCAGGAGAUACACACUCUUCAACAUCCUGUAGGGGUAAUGGUGAAAGGUUUUCACUGAUCAAUUUAGCAUUUAUCAAAAGUUUUGUCUGUCAUCAGCAUCUACAUCACAUGAUUUGGUUCAAGCUAUCUUACAUCAUUUCGUCAGCCUGAUCAGAAAACAUCAUGGCCGCCAGUGGUUGGAAACCUGCUUCCCUUGGGGUUGGAAAUCAUUUAUAAGUCAUACUUAUUUUUUAUGAAACAACAAUUUAAAGUCCUGAAAUUUAUUAGGACAUUUGUCUUAACAUUCAGAUGAAGAGAAAAUGUUCCAACUGUGUUUGUGAUGUUAGUUAUCAGCUUUUGAAAGAUACGUAUCCCCUGAGAUACAUUGCCAGAUUAGGGGUAAAAAUUUGGUCAAUGUGAAUUAUUCAGAAUGUUGUUCCAAACUGGAAAGCAUGUGAAUAAUUAGACAUUAGACAAUGAUCAGACCCAUCCCAAGAUCGGCUCUGCAAAGUGACACCAGUGCUGGAGCACAUGAAGAAGUGUCUGGAGAUUGAGAGUGAGAACAUGUUCUCAAUAGAUGAAAUGAUAGUCCCUUACAAGGGAACAAAGGCUGGGUCUCUCCGACAGUAUCUCCCGAGCAAACCUCACCACUGGGGCUUCAAGAUCUUUGUUAGAGCAGGCAUUUCUGGGAUGGUGUAUGACUUCCUGACAUACACUGGAAAGAGCACAUUUGGCACAGGUCAAGGUCCAGUCAAAGACCUUGGAGUUGGAGCCAGUGUUGUCAUUCAACUCUGCAAAACCAUCAAGAACCCAUUAGAUUGUGUUGUCUUCUUUGACAAUUUUUUCACCUCCCUCCCACUCAUUGUGCAUCUGAAGGAGUCCCUUGGUUUGCGAAGCCUGGGAACCAUCCGCAAGAACAGGCUUAAAGGAUGCACACUUGAGGAUGACCGUGGUCUGCUGAGGCAAGGAAGGGGCAGCUAUGACUAUUGGAUGGAUAAUGAAGCAGAAGUGGCUGCUGUAAAAUGAUCUGACAACAAAGUUGUCACCUUAGCUAGCUCCUGUGCUGCAAUAAGCCCUGUUAAGGAAGUCAGACGUUUCUGGUACCUGUGCCUCUUUUGGCAAAUGGCUGAUAUAGCCAUCAACGAUGGAUGGCUGCUGUAUCGCUGAGAUGCCAAAAGCAUUGGUGUUCAAAAGCACAAAAAGCUAAAAAAAUUCAGGCUGGAAGUUGCAGAUGCCCUUAUCCACAGUGGAAAGAAGAAGGGAAGGCCUUCCAAACGAGGGGAGGAGAAUGUGCACAGCCCCACCAGAUGCAUACAAAGGCCAACAACCCCAAGACCCACGGCUGAUGUCCGCCACGAUCAAGUGGAUCACUUCCCAGCUUUCACCGACAAGGGAAGGUGCAGGUUUUGCCCAGAAGGGCAAAAAUCUAUUGCACAAAAUGUGGUGUUCGUCUGUGCAUCAUCACUGGGAAAAACCCACGCAACUGCUUCCAAGCGUUCCAUAAAAAAUGAAAUAUAGAGGGGAAAUGAGGGGCAUUGAUCAUAGAGUUCUCACCAGUAUAGAAAACUUGGACCCAAGAAAUUUCCCCAGUGUUCAGUUUUGUAUGUAUCCUUUGAGAAAAUGAAAUUGCUGCAUUGUUUUGUGUAAUGUUCAAUGCACAAAAAGUUCAAUAUGUUCCUCAUGAUAUUUUCCGUUGUACUUUUUUGACACUCUUUAAAGAGAUUGCCUCAAAAUUAGAUUAUUCAACUGGAUUGGUAAAAAUGAAUAAAAUCAACCUUAAAAGUCCUAUGUGUAAUGUACAUGAACAAGCAAUAGAAAAUGUAUAAUUUAUCUUCAUCAAAUUAAACAUUAAUAUUUUUAUUACAUAGGCUCUGUUUGUACCUAAAUAGGGCAACGCAUCCUGGGAGAUACGACUCAUAAAAUCAAAAAUAUUGAAUCAAUAUAUAUUUUGCAUGUGGAAAUAUUACUCUUAGGGCUUAAAGAGAUGAGUGGUAACAUUAAAUUAUUUUUUGUGACUUCUUUUCCACUCCUGGCUGUUUUAGGGUUAAAAUAAAUACUGCGUUUUCUAGUUUCCAAACUGUAAUUUGUGAGAUUUAUUCUCCAUUCUCAGGGAGCCAGUGUCCUUCAUUGAUUUCCAAAAAGUAAUUCUCACACAGGACUUAGUCAUGCAGAGCCAACAUUUCCUGUUAAUAUCUCUCAUACCUGGCCCAAGGAGAAGCAGCGUAAGGCACAAAGAGAGCUCCUCUUUCCUCUAACCCAAGGAUGACCACUGAAACAGCAUUUGCUGUUAAAAAAAAAUGCUGAUCUCACACAGAGUAGAUUCAUAUCGAGACAAGACAAACCAGUCUCCCAUAUGUUAAUCCAACUUUCAUACCUCAAUAAAAAAAUAAUAUACAGGAUCUUAACAUACAGAGUUUCUUUUUACUUCACUUUGUAGGACUGCUCUUCAAUGAUAAAGAUUUGACAAUGUACACAGCACAACUCUCAAAAAGGUGCUAUCAAGAUCAGGAAAUCAAGAAAAGGCAUGCAGUGUAACAGGUUUUAGCAGGUUUCAAUACGAUGUGACACACCAACUAUGAUUCCUCAAUGGCAAAAUACACCCACUGAAAUUAGAUAUUUUAAAUACUGCACAGUAACUAAUUUGUUUGUAUUGAAAAAAAAAAACAACUGUAUUUCAAGCAUGUAAAUUGACAUGAUAAAAACCGAUGUCUGUGUUCUUUUUUUGUAGCAUUCUUUGGUGCACACAUGAAUGCAGCAAUCCACGUUUUGAUGUAUCUGUAUUACGGCCUGGCCUCCUGUGGACCUAAGAUCCAGAAGUAUUUGUGGUGGAAGAAGUACUUGACCAUCAUCCAGAUGGUAAGAUCAGCACUACUAUUGAGAAAAACUUUAUUAAAGUGGUUCAGAGGGUUUAUCACUCAAUUAGUAUAUAUCUGUACUGCAUUAUCUCAAGAUGUUUUACAAAUACUUUGCAGCAUUUGGCCAGAAACAGACAGAAACCUUGUGCAGAACCAGACUUGCCUCAUCUAGAGCUACUGUGUUGGGAUUGGAAAAGGACCAGAGGGAGAGAGAUGGAUAGAGACCAACAACAACAACAACAGCUGAUACAGGCUUAUAGUUACAGUGCCAAUAAUAAUGCUAAGAUAGGUGUACUUUUUAUAUGAACUGUAAGAUUAAUGAUAAAGACUGAUUUAUGGCAACUACAGUUAACAGGUCUGAUAGGAGCCUUCGUGAUAAUGUGGUUAAUAUACACAGGAGUAGGAAUGAUUAUAUUAAUUACCGCUGUUGAAUUCAAGCUGGUCGGGAAAUGGCUUUUAACAUUGUUACAGUGAUGAUAGUCAAGCUGGUAUUAAUAGCUGCAGCAGCUGGAGUCUGGCAGGUCCACAGCAGCAAGCAGUCUGCAGCAAGGAUCCUGAGGAACCUAUAAGACAGGGGAGCUUAGGGAGUCCCAGAAAGAUCCAUGGUUUGUAACUUUAAUGGGACAUUAGAUAUAAAGUUAAACUCACAGACUGAGAGGGGAGAAAGAGGGAAAGACUGGAGCUCUGUAUGCCAGUUUCCUCUAGCAGUCUAAGCCUGUGGCAACAUAACUAAGAGCUGGUCCAAGCCUAAAACAGCUGUAACCAUGAGCUUUACCCAGAGGGAAAAUUUGAAGUCUACUCUUUAAAGUAAAGGGAGCGUCUAUCUAUCUGACUUGUAAAUGAUUCCAAUAAAGAGCAUUGAUAAGUGAAAACUCUACCUCCAUACCAUACUAAUUUAAAAGACUUGAGUAUGACAAGAAGGCCUGUGUGUUAGUAGCAUUAGUAGUAGUAGGGUCUUACAAGGCUAGUAGGGCACUGCAAGCUCUUUAAGGUGUGGUGGUUUCUCAUCAUAAAGAGCUGUUUAGGUGAGAAGAAGGAUUUAAAAUCUCAUCAUUGAUAGGAUGGGAAGCCAGGGUAGAGAAGCUUAUACAGGAGGGAUGCACUCUCUUUUCCUAGUUUUAGUCUAAACUUCAGUUCCAGCAUUUUGGACCAGCUGAAGAGCCUUCAAAUAAUAACCAGGGCAGCCCGAUAAAAAGGGAAUUACAAUAAUCCAGCCUCGAGGGCACAGAUGCAUGGACUAAUUUUUCUGCAUGGUUCUGAAAAAUGACAUCUGUUUUUUGACUGAUGCCAUCUAACCUAGUACAACAAAGGUUUAAUCCUUCCCCUUGUCUUUCAGUGAAUCUUCAGCUGGAAACUGAGGGACUGACACAAAUAUAAUGUUGAUUUUGUGAAUUUCUUUGCAUCUCAGAUCCAGUUCCAUGUCACCAUCGGCCACACUGCCCUAUCCCUCUACGUCAACUGUGACUUCCCCCACUGGAUGCACUACUCCCUCAUCUGCUACGCCAUCACCUUCAUCAUCCUCUUCGGCAACUUCUACUACCAGACCUACCGCCGCCAGCAGCCCAGACGUGACGCCUCCUCAUCCUCCUCUAAAGCAGCCAAGUCUGUCUCAAACGGGUCCCUCAACGGGCUCAGCAAGGCCGCAAACGGAGCCGUGGUGACAGGGAGCAAAGAGGAGAAGCCUCAGGAGAACUCUGGGAGGAGGAAGAGGAAAGGAAGAGCCAAAAGAGAUUAG